AUCCCGGACAAGUGGAUAAAGCCUAAAAAUAAUGUUGUUUAGUCAUGAAUCUACUGGGACGUGAAAUGCUUCGCCUAAAGAAGACGCCCAUUUCAUUUCAGAAUCUCUCAUCCGGAACUUGUCUCAUCGCAUACAUUACAAAACCCAUUCUGAUUGGAUGAUGGUUUCAAAAUAUUUCUAUAUCCAAUUUUAGUGUCCCGUAAUGCAAAAAUUGACAAUCGACAGAGAGAUAAUACAUAAGUGAAGGAGAUUAGAUAAUCAGACUGAGAUCAAAGACAAAAUAUCUUCAUUUUGUAUGUUAAGACUGUUGCCAUGGAAAUCCCGGGCGUUCGGAAUAUACCACCUCUACGGCCAAUCCCGACCUACAGCUUCAAUCCAUAUGUAAUACAGACACAGAGUGGUGCCAAACCUAACCAAAAAGAAACCAAACUAUUCCAACCAUGGAAAUCAGAAAGUGGACAGAGUUCACCAUGUAAGCCUGUGUUAGCUCACUACUUUCACCAGAGCACUACUGACAUCAUCAACUACUAUAAACAACACUGGAAAUUUCUCCAAGCUUCGCUUUCAUUCGUUGCUACGACUGCAGCUGCAACGUCACUAGUUGAUCAAAAAUCGUCAUAUCCUAGUCGUCCAUUACCCUCGGAACCCCUUCAGAGUUUGCAUUCAUCUCAAUCAAACCUAGUUGAUCUACAAAACACGGUAAUAGCUGGAAGAAAACUGUUUCCGUGUCCUCAGUGUAGAUACACAACUGAUAGAAGGAACAACCUUAAGAGACAUUUACUUACGAUGCAUCAACAAUCCUCUAAAGUUCUCGAAUGUUGCGGAAUAGUUUUUGGAACAAAGGCGUCCUUGCGUGAACACUCCAUGAUCUUCCAUUCCCAUGGUUACGUAUGUUUAUAUUGUGGAAGAAGAUUUUGUAGAAAAGCCUUGUUAAAACGACACCUAUCUGUUCACAAUGGGAAAAAGGACUUCCGUUGUCAUUUGUGUGACUAUGCUACCAGUCACAAAAGUAAUUUGGAGCGACAUAGAAAGGUUCAUUCUCGACAGUGUGGCUUAGAUUGUGAAAGUAGGUCGUCUGCAGACGAGAGCUCUUUGGUUGUGAGCCAUUCUUUUGCUGCAGACCUGUCGUCUGCUGAAACAUCGGAUGAGGAAAUAGAUGUCAGCUCCGACUGAGAAUUGAGAGUACACAAAAUGACUGAAACUACAGGUCUUAGAGAAUGCCUUCUGCUAUAUUUAAACACGUGUAUCUGUUAACAAUUGCAAAAUGUUUGUUUUAUUUUUUAUUAUUCACUUUUACUUUUGAUAUUUUUUAUUAAAAUCACACCAGUAUAUACAUGUUUGCACGAUGAUAAAACAAAAUGUUGUAAAUUUAGAAUUUCAUGUGGGUUAAACUCGGCAUAUAUACAUAUUUAUACUGUUAACAAAUAAAAUUCUUUU